CAGAGGAUGUCCAACAUGCAGAAAGAUGUCUAAUUUUGUGACUCCCAGUGAUUAUUGGGUGGAGGAUCCUGAUGAGAAAAAGAAGCUAAUUGAGAACUACAUUGCUGCCCUGAGCACCAAGCCUUGUAAACAUUUUGACCAAGGUAAUGGAAAGUGUCCAUUUGGUGCUGACUGUUUCUAUCUUCAUGCUUACCCUGAUGGUACAAAGGAAGACCGUGCUAAAGCUCGUCAAUGCCGUGCAUCAAACAACAAAGUCAAGACCAUCCGACCUGCUCUCCUCUGGGAGUUCUUUGAACAUCGCAAUGGUCUUUAUGACUUUGGAAGCGAUGAAGAUGAUUUCUUCCUAUUUGGUUCUUCCCUGUGGAAUGAUGAUUGGGACCUGAGUGAUCCUAGUGAGACUGAUGAUUGGUGGGAGUAUCUACAGUAUAUGGGCUCAGAUGAUGAGAGUGAAAAUGAGUUUGAUUCUGACUGGAGUGUUGAAGUACCAACAUCUGGUGAAGGGGAAGAGACUGCUGAGGUAUCUGUAGAAGGUAACCAGGAAGAGGGAGAUGAAGAAGAUGCAGAUGAUGAAGAUGCAGAUGAUGAAUGGGAGGAUGGUGAAGGAGAUGGAAGAGAAGAAGAGCAGGGAGAAGGAGAAGAAGAUGAGGAAGAAAAUGAAGAGGGGAAUGCAGAAGGAGAGGAUGAUGGAGAGAGCUUUGGGAUUGUUGGUGGUGAUGUUGAGUAUAUAGGUGUGGUUGCACCAGAUAUGUUAGAAGAAUGUGUAUACAGUGAAAAUGAUUCACAGUAUUCUGAUUGUGUAGAUUGGUGAUAAGUGAGUCAAACCCUCAUAAUCUAUUGGUUAGAGGGUAUACCACCACACCUACCCACCAAUUGCUAUAGAGUCGAAGAAUCCAGCCAAAAUCUUCGAAAUAGUAACUCACUGAAAGAUCCUCAUGGUGUGGUCUUCAGCCAGGUAGCAAGUUGAUAGCUGAAAGUGGUUUGUUUCUACCAUUGUGGUGUUUAGGGUCCACUAAUUAUACAUGUUUCAAGUUUGAAGAUUCUAGGAUAUGUCUUGCUCAAUUGUCUUUUAUGGUUUAGUUGCAUGGUAUGAAGUAGAGCAUAUAUAGAAGAUAUAUGCACUGGAAAUGAAUGAGUUGAUUAUAUUUCCCUCUUAUUUCUUCUCAUGUGGGCUUUGUAAAUGAAAUAUUGACAGAUUGAGAUGGCUGUUUGAUAAUUGUUUCAAAAGAAGACAAUAAGUUCAUUAUGUAGAAUCUUUGCAAACAUGUGUAUGAUGAUCGCUCCACUUUUGCUAUACAAAUUCAUGGAAUGUUUACCACAGUAAUUCAUUGACAUAAUGCUGCUUCAGUUUUUAAUUUUUGUCAAAUCAUUGUCUUACUGUUGUUGUUUAACACCAUUUAUAAUGGUUACAUAUGUUCCUAAGAAACUUGCACAGUAUUGAGCAAAGGCUUUAAUAGUCUGAUUGUUGGGGUUAGCAGUGCUAUCCCAGAUGACAAUGAUGAUAUACAUCAACAUUGUGGUGCAUGAUGGUGUGCAGGGACGUUUGUAAUUGGAGAAGUUUUAUUGUUUCAAAUCAGUUGCCAUGGCUUUGCAACUAUUGCUCAGGUGACAAACAUGAACGUGUCUUAUUGUUGAAUGAAGACCUGUUCACUUAUUGACUGGUCUCACUCAAGUCAUGUGCAGUCAAGCCAAAUGAAUUAUUAUCACCACAUGCCUGAUUUACAGGACCUAAAUACUUGUCUUGCCAAAAAAAGUUCUAGAUUGCUAUGCGUAAAUUUUCAAUCCCAUGCUAAAUGUAGGAAAGGAUGUUCCAUCUAAAUUUUUGCAGUACUCGGACUGUUUAUUAUCGUUGAUUUUAGUCAGAGGUGAACUGGCUAUUUAUUGCAUGAAUUUGCAGUUUAUUCAAAAUUAUGAAUGUAGACAUGUACAUGGUUGACUUCAACAGUCAUCCUGUACAUAUUGGUUGUAUUUAUAGAAUGAAAUGUUCCUUGACUAAGUUAUAGAGUGAUAGUAUAAAUCUAUUUUUUAGUACAGAGUAGGAUGAAGAAUUUCCUUUAUAUUUUCAUGAAUAAUUAAAUUAUAGAUAUUGUUUAGACUGUAGUAUAGUGUGUUUGAAUUGAAUUCAAAAGUAUUUUUUUCUUUCCUUUUCUCCUCUGUUAGCCUGGUGUAGAUAAACACAAAGCAAUAGUUAGAAAUAGAUACAAAUUUAUAGAUUUUGUAGAAAUAUUUUUGCCUCACAUAUGAAAACUUUAUUGUAUGAUGUUGAUUAGAUAUUGUCUUUUGUAUAUAUGAAUUUAUGCAACAUUUGCUUUCUGUAUUGAAGUCUUUAGAUGUGCCUGUGUACCUGUUUCCAUAGAUUAUGUUAUCAUUUCUUCAAGUACAUAUACAUACAGAACUAUAUGUCUUUGAUUUCCUUUUGAUUUAUGCUCUAUAUGCUUUCAUUGCAUCACGGUUGCUUUGUGACAUUUAAAUCAUAUAUGUUGGGUUUGGGUUUUUAUCUCAUUGUAAAAACAUAAGGGUGGUAUUUGAGGACAUGUACAUUGUUCCCCACUCAGAGAGUAGUGAUUGCAGUCCUUGAUUAGGAUGCUGGACAUGUACAUUGUUCCCCACACAGAGAGUAGUGAUUGCAGUCCUUGAUUAGGAUGCUGGAUAUGUAUGCUACAAGGUUGAAAGUUGGAAAUUAAAAUUGGGUAACGUUUGUGAAGCAUAAAUAAAGGUUUGUACAGAUUUGUGCCAAGAAAAAAAAGAUAGAAAAUUACAAGAUGUAUUAUAUUUUUCUUCAAUGUAUUUGUACAUCUCGUUUCAUUUCUUGUACACUUAACACACUGGUGUAUGUUAUAAAGAUAUCUCUAUUUUGGCAUAUAGUUUAGCAUUGGUUUACAAUACCAAAUAGUGUUGAUCCAUUCCAUUAUGUUUCUAUAUUUUAUUUUGGUUGUGUUAUAAUCCUUUCUUUGUUUUUAUUUUUGUGCCUCUGCUAGGGUCAUCAUCCAAUUUUCAUUCUUGUGAUGACAUAAACAAAAUUGACCAAAAACACUUCAAACUAGUUUCAUGUUUGCAUAAGGGAGUGAAAAUGGUCUGAUUAGUUUGGUUGGGGGGGGGGGGGGGAGAUCAAAGGAAGUAGAGUAUAUGUAAUGUACCUGUCAAUUAUUUGUUCUCACAAAAACAAACUUUAAACUUUGCCCAUCUAUGCAUGUAGAAAUGAUGACCAGAUUAGAGUUUUUAAUUAUUACAUUUCUAUAUAAUUUAUUUGGUUUUUUUUUUUGAUGGGGACUUUGAACUUUCAAGUUAAUGUCAUACCUAAAACAAAGUUUGAUGGAUUACAUUUUAAUUUCUAAAUUGGCUCUUGUAUGCAAUUGGAGUUACAAUGAUUUACUAUUACCUGAAAUGGCUAGUUCUUGCAAGAAUUAAAAAACUUUUGUGAGGUGAACUUCAAAUUUCUUUCAUGUGCUUUUACUUGUACAUGUAAUUUUAGCUUUGCAAUCUGAUUAGUUAUUGUAUGAAUACUUGAUGGUAUAUCUUUCAAAUCUGGCCAUAACAGAGGCACAUAUUUUACUCCAGUGAAAUCAAAUCCAUCUAGAUUUUAAUCCUUUUUUCCUUAUUAAAUUUAAAAUUGGAUAAAUUUUAAAUGUUUUCUUUUAAUUUCUUAUGUUAUUUGUUUCUCUUUUUUUUUUCGUUGAGGGGGAUAACUAGUCUAUCAUGCAGAAUGUCACUUUUAGUAUCAUCUUUUGUAAUAUCACUUGUAUUCUCAUACAUUUAAAUUGUAUUCUUUUGCAUUGAUUAGUCAUUAUCCAUCUUGCCUGCAUAGCCGAGUGAAAUUAUAUAGGCACCGUUUUUGAAGUUUUUCAAAUGUCAUCACAAUGGUAAAAGUAUAAGGACCUACUAAUGAAACAUAGACAUUGCAAAAUAAGAAACUAUUAGUCCCUAGUCCAUGAAGCAGAGUGUCAACAAUUCUGCCUAUAUUUGAUGAUGUAAUGCAGUUUGUUUUCAUUCUUGUCUUGACUUAAUAUGAAAAAGGGUAGCCUGUACAUUCCGCAAUACAUUUUUGUUGUGUUAACAGUUUCCCAUCUUUUAUGAUAAUGUUGGGUCCCUUAAAUGCAAUAUUUUAGUAUAUUCUUUAAAGCACAUACCAGUUUGCAUGAAGCCCAUUGGCAGUUAUAGUCCUUUCUAGCCAAGGAUUUAUCCUUUGAUUCAUAGACAUGAUUAUGUAGUUUUUACCUGCAUUUAUCGUUAUUCAAUAGGGAGAUAAACUAUCCACAGGGGGGGGGGGGUUCUGCUCAUUGAACUUAUUAAAUGAAAAAUUUAC